AUUUGGAAGAAUUCUACGAGAUAAAAACAUUAAAAAACAUUGAAUAUAUUGAAUUUGGCAAAUCAUUAUCAUCAUCACCAUCUUCAAGAGAGAAAAAACGAUGUCAUCAAAAGAAGAUAAUGUACGUGUUGUAGUCAGAUGUCGGCCAUUAUUACCGGAUUUAGAAUCAAAUGAAGAAAUUAUAAUUAAAAUUGGAAAUGAUAAUCAAACAAUACAGCUUUCAAAUAGACAAUUUACAUUUGAUCGUGUAUUUGAUUGGAAAUCAACUGAAAAUGAUGUUUAUACAAAAUCAGCUAAACAUAUUGUUGAUUGUGUAUUACAAGGUUAUAAUGGUACAAUAUUUGCAUAUGGACAAACUGGAACGGGGAAAACCUUUACAGCAUCGGGUAUUAUGCAAAAUAGUUUUGAACAUAUAUUUGAUCAUAUACAACGAAGUAAAAAUAAUCAAAAAUUUUUAGUACGUGCUUCAUAUUAUGAAAUUUAUAAUGAAGAAAUACGUGAUUUAUUAGUGGCUAAUAGUGGUAGUAAAAAAAAUAUUGGUCAAAAAACAUUGGAAUUAAAAGAAAAUCAGAAUGGAAAAAUUAUUAUAAAAGAUUUAUCAAAUUUUGUUAUAAAUAAUGUUAUGGAUUUAAAAAAAUUAAAAGAAACUGGUGAUAAAUAUCGUUCGUUUGGUUCAACCCGUAUGAAUCAACGUUCAAGUAGAUCGCAUACAAUAUUUACAAUAACAAUUGAAACUGAAAUUGGUGCCGAUAAUCCGGAAACAUCGAUCGUAAGGGUUGGAAAAUUUCAUUUGAUUGAUUUAGCCGGUUCGGAACGACAAACAAAAACCGGUACAACCGGUUUACGUUUAAAAGAAGCAGCAAAGAUAAAUUUAUCGCUAACAUCAUUAUCGUUGGUAAUUGCUGCUCUGACUGAUCCAAAAGCAACAUUUAUACCAUAUAGAAAUUCAAAAUUAACAAGAAUUCUAUCCGAUUCAUUAGGUGGUAAUUCAAAAACAUUAUUAAUAGCAUGUAUUGGACCGGCACGGAUAAACCAAGAAGAAACAAUUAGUACAUUACGUUUUGCAAGUCAAACAAAAAAUAUUAAAAAUAAACCAAUUAUUAAUGAAGAUAGUAAAGAUGCAUUAUUACGACGUUUCGAAGAACAGGUAAAAGAAUUACGACAACAACUUGAAGAACAAGAAAACGAUGAUAAUAAUGACCAUGAUAAUGAUAAUCAAAUGAAUGAUUCAACAACAACAAAAAUAAUACCAAAUGAAUUAUUAGAAAAACUUAAACAAUUAGAAGCAAAAAUUUGUAUUGGUGGUGAAAAUCUAUUGGAAAAAGCUGAAAUGCAAGAAAAAUUAAUUGUUGAAAGUGAACGUGAACUAAUUGAACAACGUGAAAAAGAGGAUCGUUUACGUAAAGAAUUAGAACAACGACAACAAGAAAUAUUAGAAAUAGAAGAUUCAUAUGUAUCAUUACAAGAAGAAAUACAGGCAUUAAAUCGUAAAAUACGUAAAGCAUAUGGUUUUCUAAAAGAAUCUCGUUCCGAAUUGGAUGAUAUGAAUGUUGAACAUGAAAAAUUACGUAGUGAAUUAUUGGAUUCAAUACGGAUAUCGGAAAAAGAGAUAAAAUUAACAAAUGCAUUGAUCAGCUAUUAUAUACCUGAAACAUGUUUAAAAUUGAUUGAAGAUAAUGUACAAUAUAAUCAAUUAACAGGUGAAUGGAAUUUACGUUGUUUAGCAUAUACAGGUAAUAAUAUGCGUAAUGAAUAUGAAUUUUUUGAUAAUGGUAAUGAUGCUAUAAAUGAUGAAAAUCACCACCACCACCACCACCACCAUCAUCAGAAUUAUGAUAAUAUCUACCUGUCAUAUUCGAAUCUUAAUCUGAAUUGA